AUGAGCGCGUCCGUGUCGAGACACUUCGUGGACGAGAAGGUCAAGGCGCUGUGCGUCGUAAGCGACGUUCGCUACGUGUCGGAGACGCUGCAGGACGACUUCGAGGUGCUCCCUCUGGUGGCCGUCGGCGGCUGGGACAACGAGACCAACCACGUGACGCUGCACCUGCCUGUGCGUUCCACGCACGACGAGCGAGAGCUGCGCAGAGAACGUGAGGAGGGCGAUGCACGCCCCUGCGAGCUGAGCACUUUGGCGGAGGCGGAGCAUGAAGGAGACGUGAACGCGCUGCAGUUUGUGGCGGCCAGGGGCGAGAACCUGCUGGUCAGCGCGUCGUCGGCGGGCGGAGUCUUCGCCUACCGCGUGUCUUCCAGCGCCAGCGAUGACGCUGUAAUGUCGGACGGAGACUCGAGCAAGCCUCUGUCUCCGUUUGUGAUGCCUCAGUGGGAGAAGGUGUUUGCUGGUGCUGCGGCCACGUGCGUGGAGGUCAGCGAGAGCCGCACGAGUCUCGUGACUGCCAGUGCCGGUGGAGCCUUGGCGUGGCUGAAGCUGGACGACGCAGCGAGCGUCGAGAAGAUCGAAAAUAAGGGCACGAGCCGACUGCCGAUCAAUGCCGUGAAGUUUUUGGGCCGCGACUCUGUUGUCGCCACUGUCGGCUCGACUCCUGGAAACCAGCUUCGUAUCUGGGACCUUACGGCCAACAACCAGUACCCUGUCACGAGCUGCGCCGACAUUUUGACUACGCUGGAGACGCACCCAACGCGACCCGAGCUGCUAAUCACGGGCGCAGACGACGGGCGUGUGAGCUUCUGGGACCGCCGCAAGCUCGAUACACCCUUCCGCACUGAGGCGUACCACCAGCGCGCCGUUCGUGCGCUGAAGCUACACUCAGCGUCACCUCGUCACCUUUACACUGGCGGCGACGAUGCUGUCGUCAACUGCUGGGACUUCCACCACGGUCGCAACCCUCGUGAUCAUGGACCGGGAGGCCUCAACGUACAGCCGCUCGCUUCCGGUUUCCAGCCGUGGAACGCUCUGGCGGUUCAUGCCGAGUCUGACACACUCGUUGCAGGCUCAGACGCGCAGUCCGUUGUGAUCGUACAGCAGGUGUCGAAGUGGAAGCAAUAA